AUGGCUCUGCCUUACAAUCGACCCAACGCCCCAGCCAUCUUCUUUCGAGAUCCGGAAUACCUCGCCAACAUCGGUCUCACACGCCUCACGGCGCUCGAAUACUUUUCGCAUUCAUCUUUCUUCGACAAGAGAUGCACCAACGAGGUGCUGCGCAUGCAGAAUCUGGCCAGGCUGGGCGCGAACGCAGCGCGAAGAGACCCCAAAGAGCUUCAAAUUGAGUUGAGAAAGUUCAGAGGUAUCGAGUUUGUUCUAGCUGAGUCUUUGGAUGGAGCGGAGUCAAGUACAGGAGGGGCGGUAUCACUGAAUGCGGGUCCGCAAUCUGGUUCGACGGCCUCGGACCUUUUCAUCGUUCACAAACGCUUAAGAGAGGGAUCAGAGGACAGCCAAGUCAAGCUUCUGCAGGUCUACUUCAUCCUCGGCGGAGACAUCAUGCGAGCACCAGAUCUAUAUCGUCUGGUUGGUGGAAGACUGGUGAGUGUCAGCAGCAUUUUGCAACCUUGCGGUCGCUUUCUCAGACGGGGACUGCGAGACAGACCUUCGCUCAUUGUCCUUGACCAUCACAUCGCGCUCACUCGGCACGCCGCGACGCUCUACCAAAGCUCUCCGCUCUGACCUCGAUUCAAAGCUCGUUGAAGACCGCAUACACUGCUCUGCCUCCCUUUGAUCCAAUUCGGGGCGUAAGCUGGCAACUGGCGCCACCGCGAGAUGAAACGGGCGCGGAGAGCGAAGACUCGGAUGAUGACGGCUUGCGUGCAGGAGGAACGCGUAGGCAGAGCGGGCAAGGAUCCUCAGAUAUUUCGUCGAGCCCCGAGUCCGAAAGCUCAGACGAUGAAAUGGAGGAGAGGGGCGCACGAGAUGCUCAAGAUAGUCAGGUCGUCAAGCAAGAAGGCCGUGAAGGUAGCUCAGGGAUGAUUGUCGAAGCAUAUAGGGGAGCGAAGGAGCAGGCGAGCGGCGAAGUCGCGAGGAAGAGCUCAUCGCCACCCAAGGGCGGCCCACGGCGGUCGUCCAGAUCUGCCACAGCAGCGGCGCAAGAUGCAGAGUCGGACGCAAUGGAAGCUGAAGAUGAGACUUCCACGACGGCAUCUGCGGGAAUAGCGGGCAGGAGACAAAGCACGAGGAGCGCGGGAAAGCGCAAGCGUUGA